ACUAAAUUAAACUGACAAUGAAAUAAAAAUAAAAUAAAAAUGGACAUAUCUUUCAUGUAGUUGAUUCGUUUUCUUAUAUAACAUGGGAAAAGUUUUGUCUUUUCAUUUCAAUGAAAUCAUUUCAUCAUCUCUCUCUCUCUCUCUCUGUCUGUCUCCUCACUUUCUCUCUCCCCUCCAUCACCGUUUUUCCUUUUUCCAUCAAUACCGCUCUCACAUACUCUUUCCCCACUCGUUCUUCCCACGCAUCACAUUCUUCAAACUCAAAAAUAAAAAUCCAAACUUUGCAUUAAUUGAAUACAACAAAUCCUACAAACAAACCUACCCUACAAACAACAACGACCACUUUACCUUAUUUAAUCACAACCAUCGAUAAAUCUUUCCAUUUUUCAUCUUCUCUCAUCACUCAUUACCAUUUAUACUUCACAAACACACAAACAAAAACAAACCCUUUUUUUUUUAUGUUUCCUACGUUUAUGUUUAUUAACUGUUUCUUUAACACAACAAUAAUUAAUUCCAUUUCCAACGUUACCCUUCUGAAUUAAUGCACUAUAGGUAGUGGAAAGUGUUAACCUUUUUUUGUUGGUUGGUUGGUUGGUUUGAUUCAGAAUUCAGAAAAUAGAGAAAAAAAAAAACCAAAACCCAGAUGGAUUUUUCUUCUUUCUGUACCUCUCUUGGUACUUCUUUUUUGAUUUUCUUUGUUUUGAUGAUUUUGUUUGCUAUUUUACAAAGUAAACCUGGGAACAAUGUUGUGUAUUAUCCUAAUCGGAUCCUUAAAGGUUUGGAACCAUUUGAAGGUGGUGUUAAGACAAGAAACCCUUUCUCUUGGAUUAAGGAAGCUUUUUCUUCUUCUGAACAAGAUGUUAUUGCUGUCUCUGGUGUUGAUACUGCUGUUUACUUUGUCUUUCAAAGCACUGUAUUCAGUAUCCUAGUUAUAUGCGGCAUUAUUCUGCUACCGGUUCUUCUACCAAUUGCUAUAACUGCUGCUGGUGGAAAAAAGACACAAACAACUAGCAAAGGGACUUUCAAUGAACUUGAUCAGUUAUCAAUGGGAAACAUCACAGCAAAGAGUACAAGGCUGUGGGCGUUUUUUAUCGCUUGCUAUUGGGUUUCACUUGUUUCGUUAUUCCUAUUAUGGAAGGCUUAUAAACACGUCACGUGGCUGCGAUCUGAAGCUUUCAAGACUCCUGAUUUAAAGCCUGAACAGUUUGCGAUAGUUGUGAGAGAUAUCCCUCCUGUUCCUGAGGGUCAAACUAGGAAGGAACAGGUUGACUCUUAUUUUAGAGCCAUAUAUCCAGAGACCUUUUACAGAUCUAUGAUUAUAACAGACAACAAAAAGGUGAACAAGAUUUGGGAGGAGUUGGAAGGGUUUAAGAAGAAGCUUAUCCGUGCCGAAACAGUAUUCGCAGAUUCAAAAACAACUGCCAAGCCAGAAGGUACAAGACCAACCAACAAGACUGGCUGGCUUGGACUUAUUGGUAAAAAAGUGGAUAGCAUAGAGUAUUACAAUGAAAAGAUUAAUGAAUUAGUUGCGAAAUUGGAAUCCGAGCAAAAGAUUACUCUCAAAGAAAAGCAACAAAAUGCUGCUAUAAUCUUUUUCUCAAAUAGGGUGGUUGCAGCAUCCGCGGCUCAGAGUUUACAUGCACAAACAGUUGAUAAGUGGUCAGUUUUCGGUGCUCCUGAACCCUGUCAACUACUAUGGCCUAAUUUGAAAAUCAAGUAUUUUGAAAGAGAAGUGAGGCAGUACGUGGUCUAUUUCAUUGUUGCACUAGCAAUAUUAUUUUACAUGAUUCCGAUCACAUUUGUAUCUGCAUUUACAACUUUGAAGAAUUUGGUGAAAAUUCUCCCAUUCCUAAAGCCAAUUGUGAAAUUGGCGACUUUGAGGACAAUACUAGAAGCUUAUCUCCCUCAACUUGCACUGAUCAUUUUCUUGGCUUUGUUACCCAAGUUGCUUAUGUUUUUGUCUAGAUUAGAAGGCAUUCCAACUGAAAGCCAUGUGGCCAGGGCAGCCGCUGGAAAAUAUUUUUAUUUUACGGUGCUGAAUGUUUUCAUUGGAGUUACUUUAGGUGGAACCUUGUUCAAGACAUUCAAGCAAAUUCAGAACAAACCGAAAGAUAUUGUCCCCGUGCUGGCUGCAAGCCUUCCAGGCAAUGCUACAUUUUUCUUGACCUUUGUCGCACUGAAAUUUUUCGUUGGCUAUGGCCUUGAGCUGUCCCGAUUAGUUCCUCUUAUUAUCUUCCAUUUGAAGAGAAAGUAUGUAUGUAAGACUGAAGCUGAGGUGAAAGAAGCUUGGGCUCCCGGUGAUCUUAGUUAUGCAACAAGAAUUCCCAGUGACAUGCUGAUUGUCACAAUUGUUUUAUGUUACUCCGUUAUUGCUCCUCUUAUCAUCCCUUUUGGUGCUCUAUAUUUUGGCCUCGGAUGGCUCGUACUGCGAAAUCAGGCACUGAAAGUGUAUGUACCAGCAUAUGAGAGUUAUGGAAGAAUGUGGCCUCACAUAAACAACCGCAUACUAGCAUCUUUGAUAUUGUACCAGAUAACCAUGUUUGGAUACUUUGGGGUGCAGAAAUUCUACUAUGCACCAUUGUUGAUUCCUCUUCCUAUAUUGUCGUUAUUGUUCGGUUUUGUCUGCGCAAAGAGAUUUUAUCCGUCUUUUGAAAAUCAAGCUCUUGAGGUUGCAGCAGCAGAAGUCAAGGAAGUUCCGAACAUGGAAUUGAUUUUCAGGUCUUUCAUUCCACCAAGCUUGAGUUCUGAGAAGAUUGACGAUGAUCAAUUUGAAGAUGCGCGGUCAGAAGUUUCGAGACAAACAUCAUUUGUUUGAUGCAGUCUUGUAGUCAUGCUUUUAGAUAUUUUAUUUUAUUAAUUGUUGAUAACAAGUUUUAGGAAGUAGGGACUAUUUGUGAAUGAAUGUCAUUAUGUAAGGUGAGAUAUGUUGGUUUGGUGGUACUAUUAUACUUUGUUUGUUCAACUUGUAAUUUUUUAUGUUUGAAUCUGGCUUUUUGAAAGUUUGAUA